AUGAACAGUGACACGGAGCAGGCGUCGUUUUCAACCGCAGCUGACGAAAUGUUUUUUGAUACCAUAGAGCCUGAUGCAGAGGAAGAAGAGGAUAAGCAACUAAAGACUGCUUCACAAAAUAGUCCGUUAAAAUCAGAUGACGAAGGCCUUCCUAGCAGAGAAAAUGGCUUUUGUAGUGGGGAGAAUAAUGAUGUGACCUCUUUGUCGGAGGACACGUCACACAUUUUAAACGAUACCUAUUCCGUUGCCGGUGACUCUUCUACUUUAUUAACAUUUCAGCCACCUUUAAUGGAUACUGCAAUCAAAUCUAUUCAGAUUUCACCAUCUGGUCCAGUUUUUCAACUUCAGCCUACUCCUCUACCUUUAAACCAGCCUGCCACAAGUAAUCAUCUUCUAGAAAUGUCCUUACAACAUUCUUGUUUUGUUGAUCACCCUCAAACUAUGGAUCCCAACUUCACUGAAAUCUGCAAGAUCCCAAUCAACCAAGAUAAUGUCUGCGCAGUUUUUACUUCUUCUCAAGAAGAGAACGUUUUAAAUGCUUUACCAAACUGUUCCGGUGCUGUAAUUGAAUCUAAGGACCUUGAUUAUAGUUGCAGUGAUUUUUCUGAAUUUCCAGUCGAGUUCCAUGGAGUUGCGAAUGAGCAAAUUGUAGAACCUAUGUUGACUGCUGAUGUACUGGAAAAGGCUGUAGAAGAGUCAGUAGUGGUUGAAUUCCAUGGAUUCACUGACGACGCGACGACGUCGGUUCAUGUGGCAGGAACUGACACUACCGUGAAUACCGAGGUUUCAGAAACAUUAGUCUACGAUGAAGUCACAUCAAAACUUGUUGAGGGGCACUUGGAGACAAUCGCAUCUGAAUCUGGUGACAAGGCAAGUGACCAGAAUGUCCAAGGAACAGAAGCAGAGCCAACCGUUUUUGAUAUUCUUAAGGAAUUUCGAGAAAAACACAAGCCUAAUCCUCCAAAACGAAUACUUACCCCUGAAGAAGAUGCUGCAAGGAACAAGUGGCCAAGAAUGACAAAGGAAGUGAUCCAAAAAAUCUGCAAAGAACAAAAGCUCUACCAGACUCCAUACCUCAAUGACAUACUCUAUCUUCACUAUCGAGGUUUUGGGUGGAUUGAAAAUCUUGAGGAUUACACGGGACUGCGAUGUCUUUUUCUCGAUGUCAAUGGAAUCGACGAAAUCGCCGGACUUGAGUAUCAAACAGAACUACGGUGCUUGUUCAUGUCGAAGAACCUGGUUCGUAAAAUUGAAAACCUCGACCACAUGACCCACCUGGACACACUCGAUGUCAGCCACAACAUGAUCACAAAAAUUGAAAAUUUAUCUAUGCUUCCUGCACUCAAGAAACUGAUAAUUUCUCACAACAAACUGGUAACACGCGAAGAUAUUGAACAUCUCCGCGAUUGCAAAGCCCUUACAGUUGUUGACCUACAGCAGAACCGAAUCGAAGAUCCCACAGUUUUAGAUGAGAUCUUUGCCAAAAUGCCCAGCCUGGUACAUUGA